AUGGAGACAUCUCUGCAGGUGAUGGGAUGUGGGGCAUCGAUCUCAUUAGCGGUUUUCUUCCCAUUGUCGUACGUCGGCUUGCUCCACAUCGUUGAUCAUGACGCAGUGAAUAAUGUUCUGUCUGUCAGCAUUACUUAUGCAGUGCUGUCUCAGCGCGGUGAUCCGUUCCCUUUCCGAACGAUGGGUUUUCACACUGAGGGUACUCUGGCCGCACUGACCCUGCCUGCUGCAUUGGUGGCUAUUUUGUAUACCGGACAGUGGAUGAUGAUGUAUCUCGACGGACAUUUGUGGUCGAAUUUUGCGCUGUCAGAAUGGCAAGCCUCAUUCAGCCAACCGACUUGGAUUCGCGAUGCCAUAAUGGCACCUGUGACGGAAGAAAUUGCAUUUCGCUGCUGUUGUGUGUCAUUACUGUCAGGAUGCUUGUCUCCACUGAUGACACUGAUCGUUUGUCCGCUCCCGUUUGCCCUAAGUCAUUUUCAUCACAUCGGUGAUGACCGCCGACGGGGCUUUUCAUUAUCGCAGGCUAUUGCUAGGAGAGCAUUCCAAUUUACUUACACUUAUGCCUUUGGUGCGUACGCAGCUUAUCUCUUCGUUUCAACGGGUCAUGCAUUGGCACCUAUAGUAACACACGCUAUGUGUAAUAGCUUAGGAUUGCCGAUGUUUACGGAAAUAGAUGCUUUUUCAAAACGAUGGCAUCGAGUUUUGUUGUGGUCAUCAUAUGCAGCAGGGAUGGUGGGCUUCACACUACUUGUCGGGCCAUUGACAAGAUCGGAACUGUACCGACGAUGGUAAAGCAGCUUUAACAAAGCCCAAUUAGAAUAAGCUAAGUAUUCUGGUCUCUACAUAUUUUCGAAGAAGGAACGAACCUGAAAUGGCCAGAAUCUUUUUCUUUUGGUCUACGCCAGACACUCGUUGUCAAGUGCUUUCUGGUGAGGUUUGAAAGCACAGUGAUUGAUUUCUUGGUUGGAUUCUUAGGUUUCAUGUCGCUCCGUAUAUCCGUCGUUGUAGACCUUCAUUUUUGAAAUUCUCACGUCUUUCGUAAGUUGUUGGAGCUACAAGACGUAAAUAACUUAAUUUGCUACCAUUUUACGUUUCUUCGCAUCACUUUUCAUUGGCAACUUCUUAAAAGAUUGCAUGGAGUCUCAUAUUGCAGGCUCAAUUAUCUUAAAUCUAUUGUGCCAGCGGGGAGGUUAGCGACUGUCCA